GGGAGGGGCUAUUGUUGCUGCUCCUGCUACCGGUACUGCCGCCGGUGAUGGCGGUGUUGACGGUGGUGGUGGUGGUGGUGGCAGCAAGGCAGCCAAGAAGCGGAAGGCUGCAGGCAGCGGCUCAGCGCAACAGCUUCCCCUGCUGGGGUCCGAGUCCGUAGCUGGGGAAGUUGCGGGGGUGUCGGAGACGCCGGCGGAGGCGACGGCAGCAGCAGCAUGGGCCACCAAGGGGACGACGGGGAUGACAACGGGAACAGCAGCAGCAGCAGCAGCAACCACAGCAGCUGCUCUGGUACUGCCUCCGCCGCCGCAGCAGCCCUCCGGUGUCAACAGCAGCGGGAACAACAGCAGCGGCAGAAAGGCCGUCAAGCUGACAUUCGCACUCAGCGGGUUCUCAUCGACGGAACGAGGGCAGGUGGCUGCGACGUUGAAGCAACUACGACUGCCGUACAUUCCCAUCAACAACGAGUGGGACCCGCGCAUCAACGCGCUGCUUGCUCCCAGCCUCAAGCGCUCCGACAAGACGGUAUGUGCCAUGGCGGCGGGCGCCUGGCUGCUGCGAGCGGACUACCUGCAUGCGUACCUCGACCUGGGGACGGGGCAACAGCAGCAGCAGAACAGCUCGGGAGGUGGAGCAGGAGCAGCAGCCGGCACCGGCAGGGCGUGGCUUGAUCCGGCAGCGUAUGAGCUGCGGGAAUGUGAGGACGGGCCGUCGGUCAUAUCCACAGGCGCUCCCGCCCACUGGCGUCAACGUGCCGCGGCCCGGGCCAGCUCAAGCACCGGCACCGUCACCAGCAGCAGCGGCACCAGCGGCAGGGGCGGCGGUGCCUUUAGCGGGCUGAGGCUGUUCAUCCCGCCCGGUCUGCCGGCCCCCCUGGACUCCGCCACGCUGGGCCGCAUGCUGGCGGCGGGAGGCGGCGUCGCGGUGACUGCCAAGGCGGGCGGCAGCGCGGCAGCGCUGGCGGCGGCGGCCCGGGGCUGCCAUGCGGGGGUGGUCCCGCCGGAGUUCAAGCAGGA